AUGGAUACUUCCGAAUCGGCUGCAGCUCUUCCAAUUACUACACAACCAGUAGCUAUAUUUAAAAAGAGAUCAGCAAAAGGGAAAUCUAAUUUUCGCAAAAGAGCUGCAACGCCACCACCUGUAGAUAGCGACGAUGAUACAUCAGGAUAUUCCUCCUCGGAAGAUGAAAGUGGCCGUCGAAUAAAAAGACGAAAGAAGAACACUGGAGCAAUAACUGCCUCAUCUACAAUAAAUAACAACUCAACCAAAUCAACCGAUAUAUCCGCAACAAUAUACACCGCAUCCCACAGCACCACCAUUCGCGCCUCCAACGACGCAACCAAAGCCAGCAAUUGGUACGACGAAAACGCAGCCGACGCCCUCUCCACCAAGAAUCUCCUAGGGACCACGCGCUCCAAACCUACAAUUGAAGAUGCGCCUGAUGGAACAUACAAGGGCUUAGCCAACAGCACCAAAUUCAUACAAAAGAACCCCGACGCACCUAACCGCGUCGUAGGACCCAUCAAAGCCCCCACCAACGUCCGCACCAUCACCGUAACUGAUUUCGCCCCCGAUGUCUGCAAAGAUUACAAAACCACGGGUUUCUGCGGAUUCGGAGAUAAUUGCAAAUAUCUACAUGCGCGUGAAGACUAUAAAGCGGGUUGGCAACUCGAUAAGGAGUGGGAGAAUGUGACCAAAGGGAAGAAAACUUUAGGGGGGACGAAGAUUGCGAGUGCGGAUCGCAAGGGAGAGGAGGAGGACGACGACGACGAUGAUGCGCUGUUGGAGAAUAUCCCGUUUGCGUGUAUAGUGUGUCGAGAGAAAUAUAAGGAUCCGAUUAUAACGAAGUGUGGACAUUAUUUUUGCGAAGGGUGUGCGUUGAAGAGGUAUAGGAAAGAUCCGAGUUGUGCGGCUUGUGGGGCCGGAACGAGUGGUGUUUUUAAUGUGGCAAAGGGGUUGAAGAAGAUAUUGGAAAAGAAAAGGGAAAGGGCGAGGAAGAUUAGAGAGGAGGCUAUUGCGAAUGGGGAGGAAGUUAGUAGUGAGGAGGAAGAGGAGUAA